CCGCAGGUCUGGCCAGUAUACAAUGAACCAUGAAAAUUCCAAGAAGACCCCUGAUGGAGCACCAUUUGAUCGUUCAGGUUCCCAGGACUCCUUGGAUGAAUUGUCUAUGGAUGACUACUGGAAAGAACUAGAGAAUAUCCAUGAAACCAGGGGAAAUAAUCAUGAGGAACAGGAAGCACUUGUGGUGAAAGAGCCAGAUGAGGGGGAACUGGAAGAAGAAUGGCUGAAAGAGGCCGGUCUGUCAAAUCUGUUUGGUGAGAGUACUGGUGACUCCCUAGAAAGUAUGGUGUUUCUGUCAACGUUGACCCGAACCCAGAAGGCAGCAGUCGAGAAGCGAGUAGAGACUGUCACACAAACCAUGAGGAAAAAAAACAAACAAUACCAGAUACCUGAUGUCAGAGAUAUCUUCAGGCUACAAAGUGACUCAAAGGGAAGAGUCUGUGAUGGACGUGAACCCUCAACUGUGAGAACAUGUGAAAACAAAAAUGAAACACAAGAUGAAGCAAAAGGUCUGAAGUUCACUCUUGGGAUUGAUGAACAGACGAGCCCACUUGAAGAUACGUGGCUUUCUGAAACUGCCAUCAAUUUGGAGAUAUCAUUUUCAGAGCAGGCAGCUAUUUUCAAAGACAGCUCAGUAGGCAAAAUGUGCAAGGGUGCAGGGGAUGGCAGUCUUCUUCCUAAUUUCAGACUGCCGAAGGACAAAACGGGCACCACAAAGAUUGGUGACCUGGCCCCUCAGGAUAUGAAGAAAAUCUAUUCUUUAGCACUGAUUGAAUUAACUGCUCUCUAUGACAUACUGGGGACAGAAUUCAAGCAGCAGAAAGCUGCAAAAAUCAAAACCAAAGAAUCUGGCUUGUUUGGUGUCCCACUCUCAGUUUUGCUGGAGCAGGAUCAGAAGAAGGUGCCAGGCACCAAGACCCCACUGAUUUUUCAAAAGCUGAUUUCCCAGAUCGAAGAGGCAACACUGGAAACGGAAGGACUGCUUAGGAUACCAGGAGUUGCAGCAAGAGUAAAGAGUCUUUGCCAAGAACUGGAAGCAAAAUUUUAUGAAGGGACUUUCAACUGGGAAAAUGUAAAGCAACAUGAUGCAGCAAGUCUUUUAAAACUCUUCAUCCGAGAGAUGCCUCAGCCACUUCUCACUGUAGAAUAUCUCAAAGCUUUCCAAGAUGUGCAGAAUCUUCCAACGAGGAAUCAGCAGCUACAAGCUCUGAAUCUUUUGGUUCUCCUUCUACCUGAAGCAAACAGAGACACACUGAAGGUACUGCUUGAAUUCCUCCAGAGAGUAAUUGAUCAUCGAGAUAAAAAUAAAAUGACGCUAAAGAAUGUUGCAAUGGUGAUGGCCCCAAACCUUUUCACGUUUCGUGGGUUUGGCUCAAAGGCUAUUGAACAAAGCCAGUUUGUUAUGGCAGCUGGAACAGCAAACGUCAUGCACUUCAUGAUUCAGUACCAAAAACUUCUCUGGACAAUUCCUAAGUUUAUCGUUAACCAAGUGAGAAAACAAAACGCUGAAAGCCAGAAGAAGGAGAAGAAGGACAAAGCUAUGAAGAAACUUCUGAAAAAGAUGGCUUAUGACCGGGAAAAGCAUGAGAAACAAGACAAGACCUCUAAUGAUGCUGAUGUUCCUGAGGGAGUGAUACGGGUGCAAGCGCCUCAUCUUUCGAAAGUUUCCAUGGCAAUACAGCUGACAGAAGAACUGAAAGCCAGUGAUAUAGUAGCCAGGUUUCUCAGCCAGAAAAGUGGAAGUGUCCAAACACUCAAGAAAGAAGAGGUCUUUCUGUAUGAAAUAGGAGGAAAUAUUGGAGAACGCUGCCUUGAUGAUGAUACCUACAUGAAGGACCUGUACCAGCUCAACCCAAAUGCUGAAUGGGUUAUAAAAUCUAAGAAUAGCUAAGCUCACAAUAGAUGGCAAAAGAACAACCUGUGGACUUGCUUCGUAAUGCUGAAUGCUUCAAAGGGAUAGUGUGUCCUUUCACCAUUCAACUGUAUUGUAUAUAAAUUAAUAGAAUCUUAUCUCGUUUAAAAAAAAAAAAA